CAGGGCGGGUCCUCUCGGGCAGUCAACGGCUAUGGACAUGGACCGUCUGGAGCAAGCAACGGCGACAAUGACCUACCACCACCGAUUUCUACUCCACCUCCUGGUAUGCAAUCCUCGAUGAUUGAGUCUGCAAUGUCAGAGAAGGAACGUUUACGGCGUAAAUAUGAAGCUGAAGAUGCAGCUGCUGCUGCGGCUAGUCCACCUACACCACCUGCGCGUGCAUCGGGAAGCAGAUCCAGUCCACCUGGAUACGCCAGUCCUCCACCUGGAUCAAGGUCGCAGCCCUUACCACCAGCAGAUUAUUCUGGACCGAGAAUGUUGACUGCAGCUGAAGAGAAAGCUAGACUAAAGGCACAAAUGGAAGCGGAAGACGCAGCGGCUGCCGGUGCAUCUAGCGGGAGUGCUGCAGGCCCUUCAAACCCACCACCACCUUCAAUGGCUGCACUUUCACGCGCUACAUCACUAUCAUACGCGCCCCCCGAGCCCGUCGAGGAGUUCAACCCACCACCGCCACCGCCUCCCUUGGCGCCUCGUCCUCCCGCAGAAUACAUUCAGCAAACCAAGGAAGAGGACUUGCGUUCUCAGGCCGAGCAUACGGCUAUGCCUGCAUCGAGUACACCUCUUCCGGACGAAUCACGCGUUGACUUUGGGUUAUCCUUCCGUCCGUUCUCGCCACUCGACCUUGGCGUGAACUUUGAGUCUUUUAAUAGGAGAACGGGCGCUUCGUCUUAAUUGUUUUGAUAGUCCAGUUACAGGCCAAGUCAAGUCAAGCCAAGUCACUCGUUUUUCUCAUCCCGAUGUGCAAACGCUCUUUAUAUUAAUAACCUAUCUAUGAGUUGAAUUUCUUGACAUACAUACACAUACAGUCGUUCUUUUUUUCUUUUUCUCUUUUUUGCCGCCUAUGCUUUCUUCCUAGCUACUUACUCCACUCCGUAGUUACUCCUUUCAUUCCUUGUUUGUCGUCGACUGGAAGUUCGAU